AUGUCGCUGAAAAUUCUACAACCGCACUCUCAUAAGCUACGUCACCACAGCGUCCGGUUCUCGAACGAUGAACUGCCAAGAUACAAGUCUUUGGAUCCAUCGGAAACAACCCUGCCUGACUUCGGUGGACCGCAGUCGUUCCCAGGAACAGAUUCAGGUGCACCAAGUCCUGAAUCUUUCCCCUUUCAACCAGCUGCUCAGAGAUACAGGCUCAACGAACAGCGCAUCAAACUCUUAACAGCGAUAAAUCAGAUAGUACAGCAGCGCGCCGAAUUGGAAUCAAACCGGCUGACGCUCUCGUCUCUCCUCGAUGAGCUGAGGAGGAAGUUGAAGAGGAGAGUCGAAGAGUGUCAUUUAGAGAAACGAGAUAAGAUGAAGGCAUUGAAACACGCAAACCAGCGUUUGGAGAAGGAAAAAUUCAGCAUCGUGACAGAGAUAUCUCAUCUCAAACGUCAUCUGGAGAAGGAGGAGGCUCAUCACGUCCAACACGCGAGGACAGCAGUCGCCCAAGCGAUCCAGGGUGUGACCAAGUCACCUUCGGAUCUCUUCACGCCGUGUUCCGUGUCACAGCUCCCGGAUAUAGUCAGUAGGAAUGUGGCAAGGAAUGCUCCUUCUAAAGUUGCAGAUUACAAACUAACGGCCGCGCGACUUAUGCGCGAUAUCGUGGACUUGAGACAACGGCUCGCGCACGUCGAAGCUAAACUAGCAAAUGAAUUAAAGCGUAAACGGCAGGUUGAGGUCGACAUUGUGCGACUAAGGAAAGAGCUAUCUACUUCGAAGAGCAACAUCGCGUCGCUGCGUCUGUUGCCCGCGCCCCAACAAAAGAAGACGUGUGUGAAAUUCGCCUAA